AUGAUAGCCCUAGACGGUCUGGUGAAUGUGAACUCCCUCUUCACGAUCGUCGUCUUUGAGGGCCUUUCCCUCACCACCCCGGGCCAGCACAGCCUCGAGAACAACUCCUUCUGUGACGUCGGCGUUGAUGUAGCCAAAAAGAUCCUCAUCUUUGAAGUGUUUAGCUUUUUCUUCUUCUCAUCACUGGUGGCACUAGGGCUGAAGUUGGCACUAAAUCUGCUCAACAACAAGGAUGCUAACGAGGCCUUCCAGACCUACAUCAACCUCAAGGCCCUAAGGCUCGACAUGUUGGGCUCUGCCAUUGCCUCCAUCAUGGGAUCGUUGUUUUCACAGCAUUAA